UUCCAGAAGGGUUGCUACCGCCGCGCAGCGCAGCUCCCGGCCGUCCGAGCGACUGUUUGCUGUUCUGUACUCCCUCGUCUAGCCGCCAUGCUAAGCGCCAGCCGAGCCGCGGCCGCCCGUCUGGUCGGCGCCGCAGCCUCCCGAGGCUCCACGGUCGCCCGCCACCAGGAUAGUUGGAACGGCCUUAGUCAUGAGGCUUUUAGAAUUGUUUCAAGGCGGGACUAUGCGUCAGAAGCAAUCAAGGGAGCAGUUGUUGGUAUUGAUUUGGGUACUACCAACUCCUGUGUAGCAGUUAUGGAAGGGAAACAAGCAAAGGUGCUGGAGAAUGCCGAAGGUGCCAGAACAACCCCUUCAGUUGUGGCCUUUACAGCAGAUGGUGAACGACUUGUCGGCAUGCCGGCCAAGCGGCAGGCUGUCACCAACCCAAACAACACCUUCUAUGCCACCAAGCGUCUCAUUGGCCGCCGAUACGAUGACCCUGAAGUACAGAAAGACAUUAAAAAUGUUCCGUUUAAAAUUGUCCGUUCCUCCAAUGGUGAUGCCUGGGUUGAAGCACACGGAAAACUCUAUUCUCCAAGUCAGAUCGGAGCAUUUGUGUUGAUGAAGAUGAAGGAGACUGCAGAAAAUUAUUUGGGGCAUGCAGCAAAAAAUGCUGUUAUCACAGUCCCAGCUUAUUUCAAUGACUCUCAGAGACAGGCCACUAAGGAUGCUGGCCAGAUAUCUGGACUAAAUGUGCUUCGAGUGAUUAAUGAACCCACAGCUGCUGCUCUGGCCUAUGGUCUAGACAAGUCUGAAGAUAAAAUCAUUGCCGUGUAUGAUUUAGGUGGUGGAACUUUUGAUAUUUCUAUCCUGGAAAUUCAGAAAGGAGUAUUUGAGGUGAAAUCCACCAAUGGAGACACUUUCUUAGGUGGAGAAGACUUUGACCAGGCCUUGCUACGACACAUUGUAAAGGAAUUCAAGAGAGAGUCGGGUGUUGAUCUGACCAAAGACAACAUGGCGCUUCAGAGGGUGCGAGAAGCUGCCGAGAAGGCCAAGUGUGAACUCUCCUCAUCUGUGCAGACUGACAUCAACUUGCCAUAUCUUACAAUGGAUGCUUCUGGACCCAAGCAUUUGAACAUGAAGCUGACUCGGGCUCAAUUUGAGGGUAUUGUCACUGACCUAAUCAGGAGGACUAUCGCCCCGUGCCAGAAAGCCAUGCAAGAUGCAGAAGUCAGCAAGAGUGACAUAGGAGAAGUGAUUCUUGUUGGUGGCAUGACUAGGAUGCCCAAGGUUCAACAGACCGUGCAGGAUCUUUUUGGCCGAGCCCCAAGUAAAGCUGUUAAUCCUGAUGAGGCUGUGGCCAUUGGAGCUGCCAUUCAGGGAGGUGUGUUGGCUGGUGAUGUCACAGAUGUGCUACUCCUGGAUGUCACUCCCCUGUCUCUGGGUAUUGAGACUCUGGGUGGCGUCUUUACCAAACUUAUUAACAGGAACACCACUAUUCCAACCAAGAAAAGCCAGGUAUUUUCUACAGCUGCUGAUGGGCAGACUCAAGUGGAGAUUAAAGUGUGCCAGGGUGAGAGAGAGAUGGCUGGAGAUAACAAACUUCUUGGACAGUUUACUUUGAUUGGAAUUCCCCCAGCCCCUCGUGGAGUCCCUCAAAUUGAAGUUACAUUUGACAUUGAUGCCAAUGGGAUCGUACAUGUUUCUGCCAAAGAUAAGGGCACAGGACGUGAGCAACAGAUCGUGAUCCAGUCUUCUGGUGGGUUAAGCAAAGACGAUAUUGAAAAUAUGGUUAAAAAUGCAGAGAAGUAUGCUGAGGAAGACCGGCGAAAGAAGGAACGAGUUGAAGCAGUUAACAUGGCUGAAGGAAUCAUUCAUGACACAGAAACCAAGAUGGAAGAAUUCAAGGACCAAUUGCCUGCUGAUGAGUGCAACAAACUAAAAGAAGAGAUUUCCAAAAUGAGGGAGCUUCUGGCUCGAAAAGACAGUGAAACAGGAGAAAACAUAAGGCAGGCCGCAUCCUCCCUUCAGCAGGCAUCUUUGAAGCUCUUCGAAAUGGCAUACAAAAAGAUGGCAUCUGAGCGAGAAGGCUCUGGAAGUUCUGGCACUGGGGAACAAAAAGAAGAUCAAAAGGAGGAGAAACAGUAACAGUCAAUUUUGGAGCAGAAAGGAAAACAUGACGCUUGGGAGUGAAGGGAUUUCCUGAGCAGAAAGGGCAAACUUCAGUCUUACUGUGUUUUUGCAGUAUUCUAUAUGUAAUUUCCUUAAUAUGUAAAUUUAGUGACCAUUAGCUGAUGAUCAUUUAAUGAGUGAUAAAUUCCAACAGUACAGAGUUCACAAUGUUCUGUCCCUAGCCUGCCAUUUUUCAGCUGCAUGUAAAAGGGGGGAGAGGAAAGGGGAUGUAUUGAUCAUUAUAAAGACUUAACAUUG